ACCCUCCUGGGGCAGGUUAUGUGUUCCCUGGCCACUUCCUCUUUUCCUACAUGCUGGCUGUGGGGAAAUCCCUGCUGGGCCCUAUAAGAAGCCGCUGGGCUCUGUGCAGAGCCAGAGGCUCCAGCUAAGAGGACAAGAUGAGGCCCAGCCUCUCAUUUCUCCUAGCCCUUCUGUUCUUCCUUGGCCAGGCUGCAGGGGAUUUGUGGGAUGUGGGACCCCCACUCCCUAGCUCCAGCACCAGCUUCUUCCCAGGCGUUGAUUCCAGCUCCAGCUACUCGAGCGGCCGCAGCUCAGAUGGCAGAGGUUCUGUGUCCCAGUUGUUUUCCAAUGUCACCGGCUCUGUGGAUGACCGUGGGACCUGCCAGUGCUCUGUUUCCCUGCCAGACACCACCUUUCCCGUGGACAGAGUGGAACGCUUGGAAUUCACAGCUCAUGUUCUUUCUGAGAAGUUUGAGAAAGAGCUUUCUAAAGUGAAGGAAUACGUCCAAUUAAUCAGUGUGUAUGAAAAGAAACUGUUAAACCUGACUGUCCGAAUUGAGAUCAUGGAGAAAGAUAGCAUUUCUUACACAGAACUGGAUUUCGCGCUGAUCAAGGUAGAAGUGAAGGAGAUGGAGAAACUGAUCAUACAGCUGAAGGAGAGUUUUGGUGGAAGCUCAGAAAUCGUUGACCAGCUAGAGGUGGAGAUAAGGAAUAUGACUCUCCUGGUAGAGAAGCUUGAGACACUAGACAAAAACAACGUCCUUGCCAUUCGCCGAGAAAUCGUGGCUCUGAAGAACAAGCUGAAAGAGUGCGAGGCUUCUAAAGGGGAAAACACCCCUCUUGUCCAUCCUUCUCUCACUCCAGGGAGCUGUGGUCAUGGUGGUGUGGUGAACGUCAGCAGACCAUCUGUAGUUCAGCUCAACUGGAGAGGGUUUUCUUAUAAGUAUGGUGCUUGGGGUAGGGAUCACUCUUCCCAGCAUCCAAACAAAGAACUGUAUUGGGUGGCGCCAUUGAAUACAGACGGGAGACUGUUGGAGUAUUACAGACUGUACAACUCAAUGGAUGAUUUGCUAUUGUAUACAAAUGCUCGAGAGCUGCGGAUCACCUAUGGCCAAGGUAGCGGUACAGCAGUUUACAACAACAACAUGUAUGUCAACUUGUACAACAGCGGGAAUAUUGCCAGAAUUAACCUCACCACCAACAGGGUUGCUGUGACUCAAACUCUCCCUGAUGCUGCCUUUAAUAAUCGUUUUUCAUAUGCGAAUGUUGCUUGGCAAGAUAUUGACAUUGCUGUGGAUGAGAAAGGAUUGUGGGUAAUUUAUUCAACUGAAGCCAGCACUGGUAACAUGGUGAUUAGUAAACUCAAUGACACCACACUUCAGGUGCUAAACACUUGGUAUACCAAGCAGUAUAAGCCAUCUGCUUCUAAUGCCUUCAUGGUAUGUGGGGUUCUGUAUGCCACCCGUACUUUGAACACCAGAGCAGAAGAAAUUUUUUACUAUUAUGACACAAACACGGGUAAAGAGGGCAAACUAGACAUUGUAAUGCAGAAGAUGCAGGAAAAAGUACAGAGCAUUAACUAUAGCCCUUUUGACCGGAAACUUUAUGUCUAUAACGAUGGUUACCUUCUGAAUUAUGAUCUUUUUGUCCUGCAGAAGCCCCAGUAAGCUGUUUAGGUAUUAGGGUGAAAGAGAAAUAAAAUGUUUGUUGAAAAAAUCGUCUUUUCACUUUCUUAGAUGUCUGCAGGGGCUUCUAGAAGUGUGUUCAUUCUGCAGCAAUAUCUAGGUGCAUAGUUCUACACACUAGAGACCUAGGAGAUUUGACUUAAUUUGGUGAGUCCUCUCAGGAGCCAUCUGCCUCUUCAGAUGCAUUUCCAGCUGAAGUGAAGUCCUUCUAGGGUGGGAUUGUUAGAGGUCGAGGGGCACUGUGGGUCUAGUGAAGCCUACUGUGAUGUGGCAUCUGGAAAUUAAGGAACUUAAGGAUAACUCAGUAUGGCUUCCAGGGAUUCUUUGUACAGGGAAGAUUGCCCAGUGACCAGUUCUCUUCCAUGUAACCCCACUAAUUACUCUGUGCCUGGGGAUUAGUUAGGCAGAUUAAUAUCUGGAGCUCCUUGAGGGACCAAAUCUCCAACUUUUUUUUUUCCUCACUAGUACCUGGAAUGAUGCUUUGUAUGUGGCAGAUAAGUAAAGUUGGCAUGCUUCUAUUGUAUCUGUAAAGUGCUAAGGUUUAUGGAGAAAAGCCUUUUUAUGCAUUAAAUUGUACACUGCAAAUAAAGCCCAGAAGGACCCGCA